AUGGCUACUAAAGGCCCAGAAAACGUCGCAACAGAUAAAAGCAUAGAUAAAUAUCAAGAAGAACUUUCCAAAAUAGGAAAACUUGCCUUUGAUGCUCUUUUGGAGGGCUGCCUUUCUUUUAACUUCAGUAAAUUUCCGUGUGGUGAUCUCUUCAAGAAGCUUAUUCAUGUCGGUUUUUUCCAAGUUUCCAAACGUUCCGCCUCGAAGCGUGAGAAGAUCGUGUAUUUUCUUCACAAGUCCGUUCAGGAGUUUCUCGCCGCCUGGUUCAUCGUUCAAGAAGUGAAAGUUAAGAAGAAUGAAACUGUUACCUGCCUGUCAGGAAUGGAUACGUUUGAAAAAUCAAAGAAGAUGGCUGAAGUUCUAAAAUUCGUUUGUGAGUUGUCAUCAGAAGCUGCCGGCAUUGUGUUUGAUCAUCUACAUUUUUUCGGAGAGAAAGAAGGUCUCACAAAUUAUAACUUCACUAGGACACCUUCUGUCGAAGAUUUGACUUUUGAACAAGACGAGUUUAUGGAACUCUGUGUCGAUUGUUUGUUUUGUUGUCCAGCCUCAGACAGACUUGCUGUGUAUUCUGCAUUUCUCUCAUGUGUUAACCAUGUUGUAAUACUUGAUCGGAAACACUCGUCUAUUGCUGCCAAAACGCACUUCUUCAAAUACACCACCAGCCUUCCAAACUAUUUAUUUCAUUCACAUUGGGAGAGUAACUUUGAUGAUUUUCUAUCCAUAUUGUUUGACUUGAACGCGGACGUUUUAACGUGCUCUGGAGAAAUUGAAGAUGUAAAAAAAUACGUCGAUUUACGCGAUGCGUACUUUUUCCUCAAAAAAGGCGAAAAGAGAAACUUUGUCUAUCUAUUUCGCAUAACAGAUGCUGUAUUUUACUCUAAACUGCUUUCUGACUUGAUAUCAGGGCCGGUUUGUUCUUCUCAGCUACCUGUGGAUAAUCUGGGAAAGAAUGCGCUUUCUUUGACUGAGAACAGAUCUGACCAGGCACAACAACAUUGUUUGUCACUGGUGAGAGCGGUUCAGUUACGUAACCUAACAGUUGAGGAUUUUGUUCUGUUAAAGAACUUGUUGGCUUCAGUAACAGCUCCUCGAAAUAUUGAAAUAUGGGGGCGCGAGACAGAUGCCUUGGAAGAUAAUUCGAUUGAGAGCGCGAUUUACAGAAUUAAUUUUACUGACAAUCUCCACAGUUUAAAACUUCGCUAUAUCAAUCUAACAGCAAAGUGUGCUGCUUUUAUUGCUGAGUCACUGCACCACUCUCCAAGCUUGCAUGAGCUCUGCUUGUCAUGGAACCCCUUACACUGCGGUGUGAGUCAUUUGGCUGAGAAUCUUCAUCACGCGCCACAGUUGACUGUUGUAGAGUUGCAGGAUGUACAAAUGGGAGAAAAGGAAUGUGCUGCACUGGCUGCCUCAUUACAGUACUUAAACAAGUUAGAAGAACUGAAUAUAAGAGACAAUGCACUGGGUCACGGGAUUAUUGACCUGGCCAGGAACCUGAACAGUGUACCCAAUCUGACUCAGCUGAACCUGAAGAAUACAAAUAUAGGUGAAGAUGAAGCAUCAGCACUGGCUCGUGCACUAAAGGAUGUACCAGAGCUGAGCAUUCUUAGUCUAGGGUCCAAUCCACUUGGCAGAGGAGUCAGGGAUCUGGUCCAGCAUCUUAGCAGUGUUCCUAAGCCGAAGGAGGAUCCAUCCGCGUGCCUGGAUGGUGUUCAGAUGACAAAGUUGACUGCUCUAGAGUUAGAUGAUGUACAAAUGGGAGAAAAGGAAUGUGCUGCACUGGCUGCCUCAUUACAGUACUUAAACAAGUUAGAAGUACUGAAUAUAGGAGACAAUGCACUGGGUCACGGGAUUAUUGAACUGGCCAAGAACCUGAACGGUGUACCCAAUCUGACUCAGCUGAACCUGGAGAAUACAGAUAUAGGUGAAGAUGAGGCAUCAGCACUGGCUCGUGCACUAAAGGAUGUGCCAGAGCUGAUCCGUCUUUGUCUAAGGUCCAAUCCACUUGGCAGAGGAGUCAGGGAUCUGGUCCAGCACCUCAGCAGUGUUCCUAAUCUGGAGUUCCUGUACCUGGAUAGUGUUCCAAUGACAAAGACAGAGCUUAAAGAGUUGUGUUCAGCAUUAAGUGGAAGAACACUUACAAUGCACACUGAUUACCAUGUAAGU